AUGUCGAACGCUUCCUGGCUCCAGAUCCCUCGGGAUUCCCCAUUCUCCCUGGCCAACAUUCCCUUUGGCAUCAUUUCAACAGAAGCACUGGCUGAUCCCCGGCCAGCUGUUGCCAUUGGAGACCAUGCACUGGACCUCUUCGCCUUCUCGUCUGCCGGCGGCUUCUCUAAGCUCUCGUCUUUCUCCUCGCACAUCGACGUCUUCACCAAGCCCACCCUAAAUGACUUUGCUGCUCUGGGAAGACCAGUUCACCGUGAGGUCAGAGGCUACCUACAGGACGUCUUCCGUGACUCUACCCCCUAUCCUGAGGUCCUCAAGACCAACGAGGAGCUCAAGCAGAAGGCCCUCAUCCCCCUCAAGGAUGUUACCAACCAUCUGCCCAUGAGAAUUGGUGAUUACACUGAUUUCUACGCUGGCUUGAACCAUGCCUUCAACGUUGGAGUUCUCUUCCGUGGACCUGACAACGCCCUGCAGCCAAACUACAAGCAUCUUCCCGUUGGAUACCACGGACGUGCUUCUUCCGUGAUUGUCUCUGGCCAGCCUAUCCGCAGACCAAACGGUCAGAUUCUGGCUAACCCAGCUGCCACCCCCAAGGUCCCAAUCUUCUCUCCUUGCAAGAAACUCGACAUUGAGCUUGAAUUGGCUGUUUUCGUCGGCAAGGGCAACAAGAUGGGAGAGCCCAUCCCCAUUGAGCAGGCUGAGGACCACCUGUUCGGUGUCGUCUUGAUGAACGACUGGUCUGCCCGUGACAUCCAGGCAUGGGAGUACGUUCCUCUCGGCCCAUUCAACGCAAAGAACUUUGCUACCUCCAUCACCCCCUGGGUCGUCCUCAUGGAUGCCCUUGAGCCUUUCCGAUCCACCGGCCUCGCCGCUGAGGAAGGUCUGGACAACCUGUUGCCUUACCUCCGUGAGAAGAGACCCGAAAACGUGUACGACAUGCAGCUCCAGUUCGACCUCAAGCCAGCAAACAGCAGCGGCGCCUCGACCGUGGCCAAGACCAACGCAAAGAAUUUGCUCUACUCCUUUGCCCAGAUGCUUACCCACCACUCCGUCACCGGGUGCAACAUGAACACUGGUGAUUUGCUUGGUAGUGGAACCAUCUCCGGUAAGGAGACUGGAACUCUUGGAAGUUUGCUCGAAAACACCCAGGGUGGUAAGCAGCCCAUGAAGCUGGCCGACGGUACCGAGCGUGUCUUCCUCGAAGAUGGUGACGAAGUUACUCUCAGGGGAAUGUGUGGUGAGGAAGGUAGCUAUGUCGGUUUUGGAGACUGUACUGCUACCAUUCUCCCUGCCCACGCUAUCAACUAA